CACAGCUGAGUACGCUAUAGCUGCUGGUCUGAAACUGAGAAUUAACAGCCUUAAAUCAGCAAGAAGACGCUUAAAACCCCUCCACAGCUCACCUCAGUUCACUAAUCAGAGCUGUAAGGAGCUGCUUUGACUUUCAGAGAGGUGAAGAAGCGAGAUAAGACAGACAGAGGAGGGCGUGACAGGGAGCCAGCCGAGCAGGCAAGCUGCUGCUGCAAGGGGAGGAAGAGCAGGCAAUGCACCAGCCAAAGCCAGAGGUCAAGAAAAAAAGUGAUAGAAUAGUGAAAAGGUAGACUCUGAGCGAGAGGAGGGUCAUUUGUGAUCUGAGCCAGAAAAACUGUAAGCAGCCUCUCUUUGUUGUUGCCACUGAGCGAGAAGGAGGAUGUGAAGGAGAGCAGCAGGGAGGAAGGGAGGACACUGCGAGAAAGACAAGAAAAUGCUCUCUGAGAUGAUGUGCAGGAGGAGCUGCCAGCAGCAGCAGCAGGAGCAGGAUGGAAAAGGAGCUCCACAGAGGGAGCCUUCCAGCCGCAGGAGGCACGGCUGGUCAAAGAGCUGCGGGGGGCGCCUGCAGGGGCGGAGGACAGGAGGGGGAGGGUGGCAGAGAGGGCGCAAUCACCAACAGCACCCUCAGCGUCAUCAUCCUUUUUACAAUCAGACCAGACACCUUCGAAGGCAGGUGAUGUCUCUCCGGCCUGUUAAUGUCAAAGGUAAUAGAGCAAGGGGGAUGAGAGCCCCAAAGAACACCAACCAGUUUCUGAUGCACGAGAAGUAUCAGAUGCUGCACAUGAGGUCCGAUUCGGUGGGGAGCGACAGUGGCAGCAGCUCCGACAGCGACAUGGAGCUCACCGAUAUGGACUCAUACCUGGGCGUCCUGGAGAACGCCAGAGGAGGCUUAUUGGACAGUCCCAGCCCACACGGUUCAACGACACCACCUGGGCAGAUCCUGGUACUGCAUGAAGACAGUGUGAGUCUGCGUGAGGACAGUCUGCGUCUACAUGAGGACAAUCUGCGUCUGCAAGAGGACAGCAUGCAGUAUUUCCCCUCUGAAGACGACCUGAUUCAGAGCCAGAACUUCAUGCAGAGGGACUUUGUUGAGUUCUGUGACAUCCUGACGUCCUGAAGGGAAACUUUCAGGGAGCCAUUUUGUUCUCAGCAGAGAGAACCUCAAACCUCAGACUGAACGGGGUCAGGUUUGUUCUGCUUCAUGUUCACAGACAAUAAAUCUCCAUCUUUUUUAUGUUUUGUAGCCUUAAAGUCUUAAGGAUCUGCUUGCAGGGUGAGAUGAUUUUACCAGUUCCCUGCAGGGAAUAUCUUUAAAAACAUUUCUGUGAUCUUUGUCACUUAGUCAUUAUUAAUGACACUGGCACUGAUGUUUAGAAAAGAACAAGGGGGACUGCACUGAGAAAAGUGAAAUUAUCUCACCCUGUUUGUGCUUUUUAAGGUUUAAGAUAAACCUGAAUGUGAGAUAAAAUGACAUUUUUUUAUGACAGAUGUUUUUUUUUACAUCAUGUAUGGUUGAUGUUUGGUCAUGUACUGUGUGUCUGGGCACUGUAAAGUGCUGCUUUUCUGUUGUUGUUGUUGCACACAAAGGGAGAUUGGCUGAGUAGUGGGAGUGAGCCGGAACAGCCAAUCAGCAUCAAGCUGGCUGGAUUAGGCUGCAUAUGAUUGGCUGAUGCAGACUGUCAUUAUCAAGAAAAGCCCUUAACUGUACAGUAUAAAAACUCCAAAAACCACACAAAUAAAUAUCUGACUGUUUUAAAA